AUGAGUGCUCAGCCUGAUCAUAUCAACGCAGUGGUUAUAGGACAUGUAGAUAGUGGGAAAUCCACUACUACCGGUCAUCUCAUUUACAAAUGCGGUGGCAUUGACAAACGUGCUAUGGAAAAGUUUGAGAAAGAGUCUGGUGAGAUGGGUAAAGGUUCUUUUAAGUAUGCUUGGGUACUGGACAAACUGAAGGCAGAACGCGAGCGUGGUAUCACGAUCGAUAUUGCACUAUGGAAGUUCGAUACCAACAAGUACAAAGUCACAGUUAUUGAUGCACCUGGCCAUCGUGACUUCAUCAAGAACAUGAUCACAGGAACAAGUCAGGCUGACUGUGCAUUGCUGAUUGUUGCGGCUGGUGUUGGUGAGUUUGAAGCUGGUAUUUCCAAGAAUGGUCAAACAAGAGAACAUGCAUUGUUGGCAUACACGUUGGGUGUCAAGCAGUUGAUUGUCGCAAUUAAUAAAAUGGACUGCACUGAACCACCUUUCUCUGAAGAUCGCUACAAAGAAAUCGUCAAAGAAGUGUCCGGCUACAUUAAGAAAGUCGGGUACAAUCCCGCUGCAGUUCCAUUUGUGCCGAUCUCUGGCUGGCAUGGUGAUAAUAUGGUAGAAAGGAGUGCAAACAUGCCUUGGUUUAAGGGUUGGGAAGUUACUAGAGUAAAGGAUGGAAAGAAUGUUACUGACACUGGCUACACAUUAAUAGAAGCAAUAGAUAAGAUGAAUCCACCCACAAGAAUGACUGAAAAACCAUUGAGAAUACCACUACAAGAUGUUUACAAGAUUGGUGGCAUUGGUACCGUUCCUGUUGGUCGCGUGGAAACUGGAAUUAUAAAACCUGGUAUGGUCGUCACCUUUGCUCCGCAAAAUUUGUCGACUGAAGUCAAGUCAGUCGAAAUGCACCAUGAAGCACUCACCGAAGGUCUCCCUGGAAGCAAUGUUGGAUUCAACGUGAAGAACGUGCCUGUCAGUGAUAUCCAUCGCGGCAAUGUUGCAGGUGAUUCCAAAAAUGAUCCUCCUAAAGCAGCUGAGAGUUUCAUGGCGCAAGUAAUUGUCAUGAAUCAUCCAGGUGAGAUCAAAAAUGGCUAUUCUCCAGUCCUUGAUUGUCAUACUGCACAUGUUGCCUGCAAAUUUAGUGAAAUAACCGAGAAACUUGAUCGACGUUCAGGGAAGGUAAUUGAAGAAAAUCCAAAGUUCAUUAAAAAUAGUGACGCUGCGAACGUGAAACUUGUACCGUCCAAACCCAUGUGUGUUGAGACAUUCCAGGAGUACCCACCGCUCGGUCGCUUUGCUGUUCGAGAUAUGAAGCAAACAGUAGCUGUCGGUGUCGUUAAAAGUGUCGUCAAGAAAGCUGAUGCGGUUAAAGUUACAAAGUCCGCUGCAAAGGCUUCGAAGAAAAAGUAA